CAUAUGAGCGUUACACUCUCUUAACUCUCUUUGUCUUUAUUCCAAUCGAGUUCUCUCUCUGUAUACGAGUAAUAUAACAUCCUCAAUCAUAAACAUAUUACCAUUCUUAUCAAGAUUUGCUCACACACAAAGCUUACUUUGUGUCUUUUUCUUUGGUUUCUUACUGUCACUUCUUCCGAGAGCUCCCUCAUUCUCCAUAUAAUGAAGGGACGUAUGUUCUGCGCUUCGCAAGCAUCGACAGCCAUAUGUUCAAGCAUGGACCACGUUCACAAACCAAACAACACCGUUGACGAUGAACGAAGCAGCGGCAGAGCUAUAGACCGACACAACCCUAUCAUUAAAGAUCCCAGGAGAUCAUUCACCGACGACUUCAUCAAACUACCCGCCGCUUCCGCCGAAGACGGAGAGGUCAGUAACAAAAAGAUAGAGAUCUAUAAAGGCAGGAGGAGCUUUACUGGCCGGAGAAGCACCGGCGGUGGCGGUGGAGGCGGAGCAGCGGCGUUGCUGAAGCUUAUCACCAGUGACAUCAGCCUAGCGAGGAAGAGUUUCAGCUGUGUUGCGAGACCCGCAUGUGACUUUAUCAAUACCCCUGUGGGUUCUACAAGGUUUCUUUUGGGAUCUGACCCGGAAACUAUUUCCGGGUCAGCUGGUCAGGAUCCGGCUAAGACGGUAGAAGCUCUAGUGACUCCUGCUGGUGAAGACAAAACGUUGACGGAGAAGAAGGCUACUACUUGUGGUGGUGGUUCAGACCAGGUCGUUGUUCUCAAAGUGUCUCUCCAUUGCAGAGGCUGUGAAGGCAAAGUUAGGAAACACUUGUCAAGAAUGCAAGGUGUGACAUCCUUCAACAUAGAUUUUGCUGCAAAGAAAGUGACUGUGACCGGAGAUAUCACUCCCUUGGAAAUAUUGGAUAGCAUCUCAAAGGUUAAAAAUGCCCAAUUUUGGACAACUCCAUCAAUUCCAAAGACAAACGUGGACACUCAAAAUCCUUAAUUCACUCCUACUCUCUUUUUUCUUGUUUUAUUUUUUAUUUUGUGUACUACUACUAAGCAUGUUUGUAAAAUAAAUGGUAAAGUUUCAAAACCUUACUGCCAUAAGAGCCCCUCUUGGUAGGUUCCAUCUUGAGACUA